CGAGUCCCGGGGAGGGGCGUGCGAGAUCCAGGAAGCGCAGACACGGCCGGCCGACGGGCGCUGGCAGCCUGGCACGGCUCCCUCGGCCCCUUGUUCGCAUUCGCCGGAGUUUUCCCUUCUCUCCGCGUCGGACUCGGACACGGGAACCGAGUUGGAACGGAUCUGCCCGGCGUCUGGCCCGGGGGUAGAGAGCGGGACCGGAGAGACACCGGGGCAGCCUCGGGGUCUGGGACGAUGGGCAUCGCGGGGCAUCGGCCGGGGCCGCGGGGGCAGCUGUGACCUGAGAGGCGCCUAGCCCGGCUUGGCAGGGGGCUGCUCCGCGGGACCCCCCAAGAGCCGCGAUGAGCUCCGCGUGGAAGAGACUCCAGCGCGUGGGAAAACGUGCCUCCAAGUUUCACUUCGUGGCCUGUUACCAGGAGCUGAUGGUGGAGUGCACCAAGAAAUGGCAGCCGGACAAGCUGAUUGUGGUUUGGACCAGGAGGAACCGACGUGUCUGCUCCAAGGCUCACAGUUGGCAGCCAGGGAUCAAGAAUCCGUACCGGGGGAUGGUUGUGUGGAUGGUGCCAGAGAACGUGGAUAUAAUGGUGACGCUGUACCGGGACCCCCACAUGGAGGAGUAUGAAGACAAGGAAUGGACCUUUGUGAUUGAGAACGAGUCCAAGGGGCAGCGGAAGGUGCUGGCCUCGGCCGAUGUUAACCUGCAGCGCUUUGCCCGCCCCACGCCUGCCCAGGCCGAGCUGAAGCUGAAGUUGAAGCCACGUUCGGUCAAGGUGGUGGCUGCCACGCUGCAGCUCACGCUGUCCUGCGUCUUCCUGCGUGAGGGCAAAGCCACGGAUGAGGACAUGCAGAGCCUCGCCAGCCUCAUGAGCGUCAAACCCAGCGACAUCGGCAACCUGGAUGACUUUGCCGACAGCGAUGAGGACGAUGAGGCAGCCAGGAGAGUGCAGCAUGAGGACAGGAGCAGCCAGGGCACAGCGCCAACAGGUUUCAUUCAGACCAUAUUGCUGGGCUAUUUCACAGACACGUCGCGAGAGCUCAACACUCUUGCUGAGGAAGAGGAGAAUCCCUCGGCUCCAGGGACCAGCAGAGCACCAGCUGGGAGAGCAACCCCCCGUGGGACACCCCGGGAGGCAGGCUCUGCCAAGGAGGAAACCGUCCGAGUGGCCGACACCCCAGAUGCCCCCCUGAGGGACACCCCCCACCCAGCCCUGGAGCUGGUCCUACAGGGAGCACCACCCUCCCCUCCUCCAGAGUUGAUGGGCCCCCCCCCAGUAAGUGGUGCAGGCCAGGCCGGGAGGGCUGGGCAGAACAUGGCAGCCAGUGGGAACCCAAUGGGAGCUGCAGGGGCUGUGGAACCAGGCGCUAAGGGGGAGAUGGGGGCCCAAGUCCCGGAUCAGGCCCACAAGCCAGGCACAGACCCUUCCCAGGAGACGGGACGACAUGAUGGCAACCCCAGGGGUGAAGAGGAGGAGAAAGCAGCAGCCUUGAUGAAGCAGCCGGCAUCAGGGAGUGACACCAAGGGCAGGCCCAGUGACAUCUGGAUGCCCCGGGCGGAGAGCCCUGUCCCUGCCCCACGGCGUAAGAAACCCCUCCUGCCAGAACCCACUGCGCCCACAGCUUCACCCCCCGAGGUACCCUCUAUCCAGAGACGCCGAUGGGAAGGUGCCAAACUGCCUCCCUCCCAGCUCAAAUUGGGAGCAGCGAAGUCAGAGCAGGGCCCUCGACCUGCAGCCUCUCUGCCUGUGCCAGUGGUGCCUGCCAGGGUCCGUCUAGCCCGGCCUAGGUCAGCAGAACUGCCAGUCCGGCCAAAGCCGCUGCCCCGGCCCCGGAGGGACAGGCGGGCCCGUUCAGCGUCUCCAAGCGUCUCUGUAGUGAUGUACCUCCAUGAGGAUGCACCAGAACCUGCUGUUGUUGCUGGGGAGGGCAUCGGCCUGGCCAGGAGUGGCUUUGGGGCGGGUGUGCCCUCGGCUGCUGCGCUGCUGGCCGUGUCGUCUGUGGUGGGGCUGCCCCCGGUGCCGUGGGGCAGGCAGGGAGAGAAAGCAGCAGCAGAUGCUAAUGGUUGGCCAAGCAUCGGGGGUGCUGUUGCUCCCGUGGUGGUGCCCCUCAAAGAGGAACGAGGCAGGGCGACAGAAGAGGGUCUCAGGGGGGCGUCCCAUCUGGAGAGGCUGACAGCAGAUGCGGCAGCUGGGAAGGAUGCUGGGGGAGCUGCUGGGUGUGUGGGGGGAGGAGAUGCAGCCUCUCUGGUGGGCCCCCCCAAGCCAUGGAGGUAUCGGUCAGAAAAUGUGGUUGGAGAGGGUGCCAGGGGGGCAUCCAGAGUGGUGAUGAAGGCGAUCCCAGGCCAGUUGGAGAAGGGCAGGCCGGAGGAGCCAGUGGAACAGGAGAACUGCAGGGCAAACAGGAAGGCGUGUGGGGGCACUGCUCAGAGCGUAGCAGAAGUUGUGCCGUCGCUGGAGGGGCACAGAACAGAGCUGGUGGCACAGGAGGAUUCUGGGCGAGGAUUCUGGCCAAGCCCAGCACCAGACCUGGCUCCUGCAGCGACGCCUCCCAAGCUGGAGCAGCGCAGGGCAGCAGGAGAGAGACCUAGAGCAGCAUCCCAGCCAGAGAGGCCAGGAGCAGAAAGGGCAGCUUGGAAGGACGCUGCGGGGGCUGCUGUGCAGGGGGGGGCAGGUGAUGCACCGUCUCUGAUGGCACCUCCCAAGCCAUGGAGGUGUCGGUCGGAGGACGUGGUGGGACAGGGGACUGGGGAGGUGGCCAGUAGUGUGAUGAAGGCAGGAGCAGGAGACGGACUGUGGAGGGUAAUCCUGGCCGAGCCAGGGUGGGACAGGCUGGAAGGGGCAGGGGGAGAGGCGGCUGGCAAGCCAGGUGGCGGUGCGGUACACUCAGUAACAGACACCCUGCCUGUGGAGGCCCCAGCGCAGCUGGAGAGGGGCAGGCUGGAGGAGGCAGGGGGAGAGGCAGCUGGCAGGCCGUGCAGAGGUGAGGUGCAGUCAGUAGUAGUGGACGCCCCAUCUCUGGAGGCUUCUGCCCAGCUGGAGGGCACCAUGGAGAGCCCGGGAGCCGACAGUACAGUGCCCGGGGGUGCCACCCCCAGCACAUGUGAGCCCCUGCUGGAGAGGGCUGGGCCGAAGGAGGCAGCAGGUUCCAGAGAGUGUGGUGGGGCUGUGGGCUCCCUGCCCAGCAAGGAGGAUGCCAGUGGGGCAGGGCGCCCUCUGGAGAAGCAGUCAGGGCUCUGCACAGACCGGCUGACCACCUACAUCGGCCCAGGAAGGACCAGCAGACAGGCUGCAGCCCUUGCACUGAUGCCUCCCCAGGAUGCGCCCAUCCUGGGCCCCCCGUCCCCCUUCGCUGAGCCUUACAUCUCACAGUGCCUCUUCACUUUGAGCCUCCCGCCCACCCACCCUUCCCGGGAGAGGAGUGCCAGCCCAUCAUCCAACGAGGGGACCCAGGCGUCCGGGCGGGAGCCAUCUCCCCCGCCCUGCGGCGCUGCCCAGGAUAGCAUAGGGCAGGAGGCGGCCCAGGAGGAGCCUCCAGCAACCAGCCCAGGUCUGGUCAGCUGCAGCCAGUCACUGCUGGAAUGGUGCCAGAACGUCACGGCCGGCUACCGGGGUGUCCGGGUCACUAACUUCACCACCUCCUGGCGCAAUGGGCUGGCGUUCUGCGCCAUCCUGCACCACUUCCACCCAGAGAAAAUCAAUUAUGAGACCCUGGACCCUCUCGCUAUCAAAGAGAAUAACAAGCUGGCCUAUGACGGCUUUGCCUCCCUGGGCAUCUCGCGGGUGCUGGAGCUGGCCGACAUGGUGUUCCUGACGGUGCCCGACAAACUCAUCGUCAUGACCUACCUGUGCCAGAUCCGGGCCUUCUUCACGGGCCAGGAGCUGAACGUGGUGCAGAUCGCCAACAACAGCAGCCAGAGCACCUACAAGGUUGGCAAGUUCGACUCGGACCCCGCCUUCUCCAUUGACCCUGCCCGCUUCUAUGCUGAGCGUUUCCAAAGUGCCGCCAGGGGGCCCGAGGAGCCUGGGAGCACUGCCCAUGCUGCAAAGGACGAUGGGAAGGCAGCAGCCAAUAAAACUGUGACAGGAGGAACUGAAUUGGCCAAGAAACUGGAAGCAGAACUCACUGCCCCAAAAGAUGCUGGGACUGAUGCCAAGACAGGUGAUGUAAAGGAUGCUGGGAAAGUGACUGUAAAUGGCACCAUAUCCCAAACAGCUGUGCAAUCAGAGGUGGAGCCCUCAGUCACAAAGGAUGCUGGGAAGGUGCCAAUCAAUGAUGUGACAACCAAGCCAACUAUAAGUCCAGAGGCAGAGCCACCCACCCCAAAGGAUGGAGGGAGCAAAGCCGCAAAGGAUGCUGGGAAAGCAUUGGUCAAUGGUGCAAUGUCCCAAUCAGCCAAGAAACCAGAGGCAGAGGCUCUUCCCCCAGAGGAUGCUGGGAAGGUGCCGGCCAAUGGUGAUGAGAAGCUGGUGCCCCCUCCACGGCUGAAGCGUCAGUCUGUACGGAACGGGGAGGCGCCAGACCAGGCCGAGCGAUCCCUGCAGCGCUCGCUGUCCACGGGCAGCCAGGGCCCUGUGGCCCCACCACGCUCCCAUGGCAGCAAGUCGGGCUUCUCCCACGUGCGUGAUGCAGACCUGCUCAAGAAGCGGCGCUCGCGGCUCAAGAGCGAGUCACUGUCGAUGGAUGAGGGGGAGGCGGGCGGCCCCCCAGGGGAGACAUCACGGAGGAGGUCUGAUUGGCUAGGAACGGAUGACCGUGAAGGCAUGAUGACCCCCAAGGCGGGACCCCCUGCUUCCGCCAGGACUCAGCAGCCCCCAGAGACAGCCCCCUCCUCCAGUUCUACCCCCCAGGAGCCGUCCCGGGAUCCCAGCAAGGAAACGAGCACCACAGAGGAGGAGGUUCCGCGGUUCCAAGACACCAGCCAGUAUGUGGUGGCCGAGCUGCAGGCGCUGGAGAAUGAGCAGAAGCAGAUUGAUGCCAGGGCAGCUGUGGUGGAGAAGGAGCUGCGCUUCCUCAUGGAGUCAGGCACAAACCAGGCCCAGGAGGAGGAGCUGAUCCAGGAGUGGUUCACACUGGUCAAUAAGAAGAAUGCACUGAUCCGGCGCCAGGACCAGCUGCAGCUGCUGAUGGAAGAGCAGGACCUGGAAAGACGAUUUGAGCUACUGAGCCGGGAGUUGAGAGCCAUGUUAGCUACUGAAGACUGUCUCAAGACAGAAGCCCAGCAGAGGCGGGAGCAGCUCCUAUUGGAGGAACUGGUGUCGCUGGUGAACCAGCGGGAUGAGCUGGUGCGAGACCUGGACAUCAAGGAGAGAAUAGCCUUGGAGGAAGAUGCCAGGCUGCAGCGGGGCCUGGAACUGCGACGGCGCAAAUACAGCCGCAAAGAUAAGUGCCGCAUCAGCUAAGAGGCAAAUGGCCACUCCACAGUCCUUGUCAGUGUCCUGUGGCUGGGAUACUUCCCAGGAUGCCUGCCUGCCUCCCUCUUAAAGGGCUCAAAGGUUUGCCUGCUGCUGCAGUUACCUCAGUGCCUCACUGUGUUGCCCCUUGUACAUCUUGCUGGUUUCCCUUCCAGUCUGGCCCCCCUCUAGGACAGAUGCAGUUUCCCAGCCUUCUCCAAUGAAUGCCAAGGGUAGCACAGGGAGCCUGGCUGUCCCCAAUGGCAGAGGGAAACAGUUUACUGGGGGCAGGGUGGGACUAUUUAUUUUUGUGUGUGUGAGAGACUUUGUUCAGCUGGGUGUCCCUUCCCCAUCCUGUCAGCUGCCAUUUCACAGCCAAGUUGUUGGGGUUUUAUCAUGGUACAAAAAGUUGAUGUGGGUUUAGGGAGGGCAGAAAACAGAAGUGCCUUGACAGUGCCAUCCAGCCAUGUAUUGUAAUGGCAAGUUUCAAUUCCUUGUUCCCUGGGUAUUUGCACUAAUUUGUAACUGUUUGAAAUAUGAAAUAAAGAGAUAUGAAAGAAAGCCAACUCA